CGCGGCAACAGUUGUGAGUCCCCUCUGAAGGGUCUCACUUUAAGCAGAGUGCUGCUCAGUCCAUUAAAGCAUCACCUUACACAGAACCAGACUGGGUCUUGGUCCUGGGGGUAGCCUAAGUGGACUGAGGCGUCUCAUCCACCUUAGAAGGUCGGUGAAGGCUGGCUAGAACCUCACAGGUCCAGCUUUGAGUGUACGGUUGGCACAGUCAUGACUGCAGGCCCACAGUCAGUACCACCAGAACCUUCACAUCAGCAGGCAGAAAGAUGCCAGCUUUGUGCUCACACGUCAGAAGCAUGAAGAAGUAUCAAUGAGUCGCUAGUUCCACGCUAAGUUGAACAAAGUCGUCUUUGACUUUGAUAUUCUACCUAGCAACAAGCAGAGCAGGGGCGGCGGCUGAAAAGACUCUUUGUUUGGGUCUGAACACCUGGACGGGUUCAUCUCUGCAGCUCCCUCCCUCCCUCCUCCGCCUGCAAGGCUCUAUCAGACUUUCUUUGUCUUUGGCUCUCACGUGUCUCCGCCUGCUAACAUUUGCCGUGAUGCUUGGGAAAGUUGUGGUCCGGUCCGGUGGCUUCAAGCUGGUACUUGACUUUGUAAUCCUUCAAGCGCUGCUGUCUGCUUUGAUCAGUUAUAUUAUUCCUGCUUCAUGAGGAAGUGUUGCCGAGGUGAUGCUAAUUAGUCCAUUUGGGGACAAAAGCGGUGACGGACAUGUCACGUGAUCAAAGUGGCGCUUGGCCACGCUUCCUCUCGUUAAAGUGCAACGGUCAAGAGGUCAGCUGAGGGGUCAUGGAGGUGCUUCGUAAGGUGCCUUCUGCAUGGGCGGCGCUUGGGAGCUGAGGAGGGCGGAGCCCGGCUGCCUCCUAAAAACAACCGAGGCGGCGCAGGAGGAGCUCACAUGAACGGGCGACCCACCAGGAAUGUCUCACAACGGAACCACAGAGAACGGAGCGGCCCUCCCCCGGCCUGUCCCGGUACAAGAGGUCAGGUACACCAAGCUCUUCAUCAACAACGAGUGGCGAGCAUCCAGUGCAGGAAGGACCUUUGCCACGUUUAACCCCGCCACGGGGGUCAAGAUCUGUGACGUGCACGAGGCCGACCAUGAAGACGUCAACAAGGCGGUGGCGGCGGCGAAGGCGGCGCAGCGGAGGAGUUCGGCCUGGCGCAGGAUGGACGCAUCCAGCAGGGGGCGCCUGCUACACAAGCUGGCUGAUUUGAUGGAGCGAGAUCGACUUCUACUGGCGACUUUGGAGACGAUGGACACGGGGAAACCCUUCCUGCAGGCCUUCCUGGUGGACCUGGACGGGAGCAUCAGAACACUCCGAUACUUUGCCGGCUGGGCCGACAAGAUCCACGGAAAGAGUCUUCCGGUUGACGACACCGUCGUGUGUUUGACGCAACACGAGCCCGUCGGCGUGUGUGGCGCCAUCAUCCCAUGGAACUUUCCUCUGCUCAUGCUGACGUGGAAAAUGGCACCGGCGCUGAGCUGCGGAAACACGCUGGUCAUCAAACCAGCCGAGCAGACGCCGCUAAGCGCCCUGCAUGUUGGCUCCCUCAUCAAAGAGGCCAACUUCCCACCAGGCGUGGUCAACAUCCUGCCAGGACUGGGACCCACAGCCGGCGCUGCCAUCGCCAGUCACAUGGACAUCGACAAAGUGGCCUUCACGGGGUCCACAGAGGUUGGUCAGCUGAUUAAAGAGGCGGCGGCCAGAAGUAACCUGAAGCGCGUGACGCUGGAACUGGGCGGGAAGAACCCCUGCAUCGUAUUUGCGGACUGCGACUGUACGUCGAGAGGCUUCCUAAUAUGUCGGCUGUCUGUUCUCUGAUGUGUUUUGGCCUUUUUGGCAACCUGACAUUCUUAACUGUUGCAGACUUUGAGCGUCUCUCCUUUGGGAUAAUUUGUCUUAAAAGCAAAAGGGAGUUAACAUGGUGGUGCUGGCUGAUGGCAUGGAUGGCUUCUUUGUGCGCGUGCAGUGCAGCUGGCGGUGGAGGAGAGUCAGAAAGGAGCGUUCUACAAUCAAGGCCAGUGCUGCACGGCGGCGUCACGCAUCUUUGUGGAGGAGAGCAUCUACGAGG